AAUUCUGUAGAGCUAAAUAAACAAAGGCAAACACCCUACCACCAAACCCCAUAUCCUCCAUUGCUACUUUUUCUCCCAUUUCCCGCAAAUGAAGAAAGCUGACUUCUAUUUGUUAUAAUCUCAAAAACCAAGCCAGACUUAGCCAGUUUUUCAUAUGCUUUUUUCUGGUUUGGUGAUCAGAAGACUUACCAUUUUCUCCUUGCUAAUCGGUCAAAUUUUCGAAAAAUGUCUCGUUCUCAAGUUCCUCACGGGCUUAAGGAAGAAGAAUUCAUAGAGCUGGAGCCAUUGAUUCACAACUACCAUACCUUUGAUCAUUUGCCAAACACUUGCACUUCACUUAUAACUCAACGUAUUGAGGCGCCGGCAAACGUCGUGUGGCCUUUUGUUCGGCGUUUUGACAACCCCCAGAAGUACAAGCAUUUCAUCAAAAGCUGCAAAAUGACAGGUGAUGGAGGUGUUGGAAGCAUGAGGGAAGUGUCCGUAGUGUCGGGAAUCCCAGCAUCGACGAGCACGGAGCGACUGGAGAUUGUGGACGAUGAGAAGCAUAUACUGAGCUUCAGGGUGGUAGGGGGUGAGCAUAGGCUGAAUAAUUAUAGGUCAGUUACAUCAGUGAAUGAGUUCAAGAAAAAUGGAAAAGCUUACACUAUAGUAUUGGAGUCAUACAUUGUGGAUAUACCAGAAGGAAAUACUGGGGAAGACACAAAAAUGUUUACAGAUACAGUGGUGAAAUUGAACUUGCAGAAACUUGGGGUGGUGGCAAUGGCGGCGCUGCAUGGGCACGAAUGAGGGUGGUGGACGGUGGUGGGCGGCGGUGAUUAAUGGCGGUAUCUUUUUAUAUUUUUAUUUUCUGCUUCUUCAAUUUUUUUUUUUCCAGAAAUAAUAGAAGGAAGAAAAUUUCUCUUUCAAUUUGAAAACUAUUUCUUAAUGGUCAGUAUCGUUUUUCUUGUAAGUUGGAAAUUAAAUUAGUUUGUAGUAUAUUUUUUUUAAGUUUAUUUCUCUUUUUUUUGGUGAUUGUUACAUUAUUACUUCUUGUUUGCCAACUAUGAGUAUCAUCAAUUUCUUUUCUUUAAUGAAUUAUUAUUAGUUCGUUGGCUUCA